AUGUCGAAUAUCAUAUUCUUUCCUGCAACAAAAGAUGUCUUACAGGGUAAGGAAGCAGCAGCUGCUACACCAGAAACAAAGGCAAAAAGCAAAGGUAGAACUUCUAGAAAAGAUAAGCAAGACGGCACUUCUAAUGAACCAGAAGGAACACGUACCUUAGAAAUCAAACAGGAAAGUGUAUCAGGUAGUCUCAAGUCGCAGAAACGAACAGCUGCAGAGAAAGCAAAGGUAGGAAUUUCUCGGCAAGCACAGGCUAACCCCGAGCAAGAUGGGCAUCAGAAGGAACACUUGCCGAGCAAAGGUCGAAUAUCUAUAAAGGAGGAGAAAGCAACGGCUGAGAAUGACGAGGGGCAGAAGAAACGCAGGUUGAGCACUCUCUACGCUGAUGAGAGAUUAAAAGACAAACAACCUGAGCAAGAGAAGCCAGACAGCAAGAAGGCGAAGAUGUCAAGCGCCAAGAAGGAAGGUAAAUCAGAAGUGCCAAAAUUAGCCGAGUCGGUGAAGAAAGAGAAGCCAGCGCCAAAGUUGCUCGCAAAACCCGAAGAGCUUAGGACGCGGAGAUUGAAAGUGAUGAAGACUCUAGGAUUAAUUGGGCCCUCAGGUUCACCAUUUCACAGAAACGGUCAGAUCAUAGUUGUAGAUUGAUAAAUAACUGCUGGAAACGAGUUACUUUUGUCAUUGUAAUUGCAUGAGUUCCAUCCCCUAAACAGGAAACUCAAUUCUACAAAUUCGUUGAACUCU